AAAAGCCUAAAAUUUUACCUCACGGCUCUCACUCUCCCAACCCUCUGUUUCUGUCUCUGCGUCUCUCUGAAUUUUUGUUUCACCAAAAAUGGCCGCCAUGAUCUCACGCAGAUUCAGCUCCAAGCUUGCAAGGCUCUCUCAUCCUUAUUCAUCAUGGUCUGUAUCCUCCGCCUACCUCAUCACCCAGAAUCUCCAAGACUCUACGCCUAAACCCUUCACCCACUCCUCCAAUUCCACUUUCUCACAAUCACACUCAAACCCCAUCACCGUUGUCAAAGACUACAAAACAGCACCAAAUCCAAAACCCAUAAACCCCAAUCUCAAUUGGGUACCAACUAGAAAAUCCAGUACUCAAAACCCUGAAUUUAUGCACCAAAGGGUUUUUGAUCAACCCCCCAAAAAACCCAAUUUUGGUUUUACACAGUCAUGUUCAAGUUUCAGUACCAAUUUAUGGUUAUCAGAUCAAAGACCCAGAUUUCUUUCAACCUCUAGUUCACCACCAUCAGAAUCUGAAAAGCCCCAAAACCCAAGUGAAUACCCUAGUCAAAACCCUGAUUUCAAGCACCAAGAAAUUGAAGGACCGACCGUGGAGCGAGACCUAUCGUCCUUGGCCAAUGAGACCAGAGAAGUUCUUGAAGGGAUGGCAAAGAACAUGUAUAAUCUGAGCAGGGCAUUUGCUCUUCUGGGGUUGGUCCAGCUUGGUGUUGGAGCUUGGAUUUCAUACAUAACCAAGUCCACGCCAAUUCCAGAGGUCUCAAUUCAGAGCAUUUUGGCAUUUGGGUUGCCGAUCUCAUUGGCAUUCAUGUUGAGGCAGAGUUUGAAGCCGAUCUACUUCUUUAAGAAAAUGGAGGAGCAAGGUAGGUUGCAGAUUUUGACACUCACUCUUCAGGUUGCUAAGAAUUUGAAUGUCUUCUUUGUUCGGGUUCGCGGGGUUUCUUUCUUGUGUGUAGCUGGUUUGUCAGUUGGAGUCUUGUUUGCUGUGCUUACAAGAUGAGUUUUAAUUCUUGUUCAUGAGAUUGUUUUCAUGAAUUUUGAUAAAUGAUUGUUAUGUUAUUGGAUUUUUGUAUCCUU